AUGGAGCAGGUUGAAUUUGUUCGAGUAAGGACUGGUUUCGAAGGAUCUUUCAGUGUGGAUAGGGUGGGUAUGAGUGGUGGUUUGGCUUUGCUAUGGCGAGAUAAGGAUACUGCUACUGUAUUGGGGUUCUCACAGAAUCAUAUCGAUGUUAUUGUAAGUUUGCCAGGAAAGCCGCAGUGGAGGCUUACUUGUUUCUAUGGAUAUCCGGAGAGAGCACGGCGACAGCAUUCAUGGAGUCUACUUCGUCAACUUAAGGACAAUUCUGAUUUACCAUGGGUGAUCCUUGGUGAUUUCAACGAUCUCGCAUGUCAUUCGGAGAAGAGAGGUCCUCACCCUCACCCGAAUUCAUUGAUUCUCAGUUUCACAGACGCAUUACAUGACUGCAAUCUUUUGGACCUUGGCAUGCAAGGCAACCGUUUUACUUGGGAACGUGGACGGGGCACAGAUAACUGGGUAGAAGAACGCCUAGAUAGGGCGGUUGCAACUCUGGAUUAG